AUGUCCUCCAACGCCCAUAGGGUUUUAUCGAAAUCGCCGACGGCUUGCGCGCCGCCUCCACAUUGGCCUCCACAUGUUCGUUACAUCUCCGAGCCUCACUAUCACUCGUCUGUUCCUCUCCAGGUCCGCGCCCACAUAUGUCCCCAGUCCCCGUCCGCUACCCACCCUUCUCGUUCGCUUACGAUCAUCCGACGUAUAGUCGAGCCUUCCCAUCCGGCAUAUGGCCAAUUUGGACUAUUUGCUGCGAAAAAGAUACAGCCCCGCGUUCACAUAGUCGAUUACGUCGGGGAAGUGCACUGCGAUGAUAGACCCCAAUCAGACUACGAUCUCUCUCUCCUUCGAACUCAGGAUGGAUUAAGUGUUGGAGUGGAUGCACAUUCGAUGGGCAAUGAGGCCAGAUUUAUCAACGAUUAUCGAAGUAUCAAUGCUAAACCUAACGCCGUAUUCGAAGAUCGAAGGACGGCAACUGGGGAGCUUCGUAUGAGUAUAUGGAGCGGAAGCGAGAGCAUCAAGAAAGGCGAGGAGAUCCUUGUCUCGUAUGGCAAAGCAUGGUGGCAUGCUCGAACUUCCCCCCAAACUUGCGAACUUGCGGCGGGAUGA